GCGCAAGCUAUCGAAACUCCGCCCAUCCCUAGCUUCUGCGCGUGUUUCAAUGGCUGUAAAAGCGAAAAAUAUUGCUAAAAAGUUGUUUUUCCCACGUAAUUCGAGCGUUCUCGCCUGCAAUUUUUCGCAAUUCGCGGGCCUCAUACAAUACUUAAAGUGUUGCACGCAAUCCGCAGUGGGAAGGAACGCGAACAAAGUGAGCAGAACAUAAAAUGCGAAGCGUGGACGGCGACGUGCAAAAAGAAGAAAAUUUUAUUCCUCGUUACCGAGACGCGCAAAAAGGCGAAAAGUCUGGAUUGCGCUAGAGAAUUAUUCACUGUUGUGAAAUAACAUUGCGCAACUUGUGGAGAGUCCUGGUGUGUUAUUAAACAAUUGAAACCAGGCGCAAAUUGUAUAAGCAGAGCGCCCGUCUGGGGCGCGCAGGGACGAGCACUCAGAGGGGUGGGGGUGCCGUUCUUGUUCAGUCUCGGCCAAUCCGCUGGGCAAAUCUCUCGGUUUCGGUCUCUUGGUUCAGUUGUGCAGCGAACUUCCGUGAAAUCGGUUGUUGUUUUGGUGCGGUACGUUCUCUUUGCGGUUUGCGCGCGUAAAAUCAUCUCCUUUGCCCGUCUCUCUCGCCGCCGUUUCUCUCUCUCUUGCCGCUCUUGCUCGUCUCUCACCCGCGCUUUGUGGGAAAAUUCUACCUAAGCACGGUACAGCAACAACAACAAGCGGGGGAAAAAAAAACGGCAACAGCAGCAGCAACAACAAGAAGUCACAGGAGGAGAGGAGCAGUUGUGCUGAGAACGCUACGAAUUCGCAGAGAGAAAGAGCGAGAACCGGAACGGAUUCAACGCAAACGGCAUGCAAAGCGUGUGAAUGCAGAAAAUAUGAUGGAAGCAUUGGAUCAGCAACAAACCAAGCUAACGUCUACAAAAGAUGCUGGAGACGCGGGAACAGGAGCAGAAGUCGGAGCUGGAGCUGGAGCGGGUACUGUCUGUAGCGAGGAAGAUGACUUCGAGGAGCCUCAUCCUGCGCUGGGCUUGGCGGAAGAGGAUACAGCAAACGAAAACAAUAACGCCGCUGCUGAUGGAAAGCGGAAAAAGAGCGCAGAUGACGUGAUAGACUUUACCCUGGCAAAUGGCCAAAGCAGCAGAGAUAGACGAGAGUCAAGAGAUGGGGCGGAGGAUGACGCCGAAGCAGCCGUUACGGAAGAGACAUUAAAGGAAUCUCCUGUACAUUUGGAGGAAGAUAAAGAUCUUGAGAGCAAAACAGCAGCAUCUCCCGGUGAAGCAUACCCCGAGUCUGAGAAAACAGAGCAGGUCGAUGAUGUCCAAGACGAGCUCCCAGAAAACACAGCAAUCUCCAUAGAGGAUGAAAGCUUGGCGCAUGAUAAAGUAAAUGCCGAAGUGACUCCCCCGCCUGUUAUAGAUCUGGAGUCGGAUUCUGAUAGUGGAGCUGAGGAGGAGUUUCUGUCCUUUAAAGAUCCCAAGAGCCCAGUUCCAGAGAGUGACGAAGAAGUGGAAAGGGAAGAGGAGGAGCAGGAGGAGUCCCAGCCCUCCAAUGAACUUUACAAAGGUCCAGCUGGUGAUCGGGUCUCGGCAGCAGAUGAAGACAUGGAUUUAGUUCAAGAAAAGACACCGCAACCCACACGAGAAUUUAUGUUGGAGGAAUCGGACACUGUGGACUCUCCCUCGUUGACCAUGGAUCUAGAUCACGUGGAUGUACCAAGUAGUGAGAAUGGGGAUGGGCAUCCCCAUAUCGAAGCCAUUAAGCUUGAGUCCGAUUCUGAAGAGGAACAUCCGGGGGAGAGCACCAAGUCAAAGGGUGCUGCACCUACUGCCGCUGAUGUCGUCCCGCCGAUCAAGCUGAACGGAGCUCAUCAGUCUGCGAAAGAGGGACAUAAGGAAGAGGAUGCAGAGGAGCUUCAGCAGGAAGAAGGUUACGUGGAGCAAGAAGAGCCCCAGCAACUGUCUGUGAUAACAAACCACACUGGCACCAACGUUGAUGCUAAGCCGACAGCCGCUUCGCCGGAGCUGUCCCUCUCUCGGGUGCUACCCAUUCGAAGGAGCCGCAGCAGGAGCACCAGUUGCGGGAGCAGCACCAUUAGCUCUGCUUCGCAGCCCCAAUUGAUUAUUGAUCAUCCGGAAACUGAUCAAAGUGCCAGGGUGCCGACGCUGAAGCUUUCCAUGAAGCGCAGGCGCAGCAAAAGUUCCUCCGUCAGCCAGCCCGACCAGCAGCAGCAGCAGCAGCAGGACCAGCCAGAGAAGCAGCGGCCGAAGGACGAAGCAGACGGCUCGUCCUCGCUGCUCCUGCAACGCCUCCAGGGAAAUCCCAAUGCUGGUCCAUCGGUCACAACCGCGGACAGCCAAUUCCUUAACUGUGCCAAGUGCAAUAUGCAGUUUGAGUUCGAGAGUUUUCAGCAGCUAAAUGAGCAUCAGGCUCAGUGCCGAGGUUUUGCCAGCAGCGUUAGCACGGGCAGCUCCACGUUGCCCUUGAACAAGGAGCGGUACUUCCGGUGCAGACAGUGCAGCAGUGUCUUUCAGUGCUGGAACUUCUUCAAGCACAUGCGGGAUGCGCACCAGCUUUACUUCUGCUUGUACUGCUCACACGUAUUUCACGUUGCCGAAAAGCUGUCGCUGCAUCUAGAGAACAAACACGACAUCGACCAGCGCCAUUUCGCCAAGGAAGGGUGGAUGCUGCAGCGGGAACAGAGAGAUCGGGCCUCACAUUUCAUCUGUUGCUCCUGCCAGUCAACUUUCCUCGAGGGCACUGAGUUCGAGACCCAUGAUUGCUCGCAGUUCAUGCAGCCUUGCACUCUGUGUGGCCAAAAAGGCGGCCAUGCGGUCGGCUGUCGGAAUAAUAAACGAAAGCCGGCCAAGAGACGCAGAAAGAUGCGAAAGCCGCCGGAACCGACUGCUCCGCCACUUUUGCAGGACCACAUUGUCCAGCCUGCUCCCAUAGAGAUGGAACUGGUGCAGUUCCAACCGCAACCUCAGCAAUUUAACCCUGCGGAGAACAUUCCAGCGCCCGGGCCCGUCGCAGAGCCUCCAGCUCCUCCCAGUCCUAAAUUGGUGGUGCCCAAAAUUAUGUUGCGGGUACCUAAGGAGUUUCAAAAGUCUGUGGAUGCUGCUCUUAGCAGCACCGACACGGAAGAGGAGGAGAUGGACGUUUCGCAGCCGGCAGAGGAAACGGCGCCACUGCCGGCCGAUGAUGUGCCGAUGGAAGCUGCACCCCCCGAGAAUUUGCCAACGGAAGCAGCACCAACGGGACCAUCGCCAAUAUUCAGCUUUGAUGACUCCCCCGCGGCCAAGCUGAACCGCGUUUUGGCCGAAUUAGAGCGCACCAAGCUGGACAUUGAGCGUACCAAGGCGGAUAUUAUAACAAAGAAGCAAGCCAAGGUAAUUAUGGCCCAAGCCGAGGAGAAUAUGAUGGCCCAGCCGGCGGACGUUCGUCUGCAGCAGCAACAGCCACAGCCGGACGAGCAGCGUCGAUGGUCGCUAACGCCGCCUGCAUCUCCCCACAACAACACCAACAACCAUAACAACCACAUGAAUCUGCCCCAGCCACCGCCGCCAGCUUUGAUCACUGAAUUUGCUGAUCAGCCCGAUGCAGAGCGUCGAAACAGCCUCGGCAGUGAUUGCAUGGACAUAGAUGACACCUUGAAUGGUCCGGAUUACGCGGAUAAUAGGGAACAACACGUGGAGAAGGCACAGGAAUCGCUGAUACGACCUCAAAGUUCUCAGGAGAAUCAGACGAUACCUCAUUUUCAGCCAUCUCUGCCUCCUCCCCCUCCGCCUCCUCCAGCCGAUGGCAUAAUGGUUGCUGGAGUUGAGACGCCAACGGUUGAUCUGCAAUUAAACCGCCCGUUGGACCGAUUUUCAAUGGUGGACUUUGUGCGCUUGUGUUUAAACGCGGUGUUUUCUGUGUGUCUGUACUGCAACCAUGCGCGGCGGAUCGCGGUGAACGGAAAGCAGCUGGUGCUGCACUUGAUCAGCCAGCACCGCUUUACGGCGACAGUUGACAGCAUUACAGCCGAGGAGCUGUAUGCAGAGACAAUUGUGGCCCGGCUGAAAAGCUUCCUGCCCCACCUCGAGCAAGAGUAUCUGAACGCGGCCAGUUUCUGCACUUUGGAGAAGAGCACGUAUGAGGUGCAGGAUUUCAACGAGCGUAUCUACGAGUGCUUCACCUGCCGGUUCAUAACCUACACGCACAAGGAGCUGUACACGCACAACCGGAGGCUGCACAUGAAGUCGAAUAUUACGUGCGUCAUGUGCCAGAUGAACUUCUAUAGCUAUAGCGAGAUCCUGUGCCACAUCUGUCCCGGAACGGUGGGUGGCAGUAUCUAUGACCUAAAGUUUCGAUGCUGUCUCUGCGAUGUGUCGCCCCUGCCCUCCGCCUUCCGGCUGAUGGUGCAUUUGAGGAAGCAGCACCAGGCGUGCGACAUCUGCCUGGAGGAUUGCCAGAAUCAGUCGAAGCUAUCGGCGCACGUGUGGAAGCAUAAGCUGUUGCAUUUGUGCUAUCGCUGUGGCAUCGCCUACCGGAACAAGCAGGACAUCUCGAAGCAUCUGUUCUGGAAGCACGGUACCGAGAGUGCCAGCUGCAGGAAGUGCUUACAGAAGCGCUGGCGCCAUGUCUAUCACUUUUGCGUGCCGCCCGUGCAGUUUCCGUGCGAGCAGUGCGGCUUCAACUUCAGCAAGGCCAUUUACCUCGAGGUCCACGAGCGGAUGCACUCUGGCGACUUCCGCUAUGCCUGCGCCGAAGAGGGCUGCGAGGAGAAAUUUGUGUCGCGCAAGCUGCUCCUGAAUCAUGCCAGCAGUCAUGUGGUAAAGGAACUACCACAUGAAGCUCUGAUGGCGCCGGCGGAUGAAGCUUCCACGGGCGGCCAAAAGCUGGAGGAGAUGAUAAAAAAGGAGUCGGAAGAGGAGGGCGUGGAAAUGCAAGAUGGAAAGCCGGCUGAAGGACAACAUUUGGCUGACGUCGAAAAAAAGGAUUCGGACAAGAAGGAGGAUUCCGAAAACAACAAGGAGUCGGUGAAAGGGUCAACUGACAGCAAGUCGGAGAAUCGCAAAAAGCGCAAGAAAUCCAAACGCAGCAAGGAAUCCCUCGAGGACCUCAAUCUCAUCGCACCCAAUCUCUCGGAGUCGGACAGCAGCGAUGACAGUGACUCGGAUGCUCCGCGAAGCAGCCACCAAGAGCAGCCAGCAACGCUGCCGAUGCGAUCCUCUGUGGACGACCUAGACAUGCCCAAGGUGAUGCUGUCACCAUCCUCUGAAAGCGAUGCCGACGAGCCGAUGGAUGGAAAGCCCAAACUGGAGGACAAGGAGCAACCAGCUGUUGAACAAGUUCAAAAAGAAGAAAAAGAAGAGCAGAAUGGAUCUAAGACCGAAGGAGAAGGGGACUCCAAAAAGGAAGAUGAAGAGGAAAUGGAUGUCUCCAUUUGGAAAAAUCUCCUGCAAAAUCAGGCAGCCGUUCCCGAAGAGCCGGCACCAGUUAAGGAAGAAGAAAUUGCCACCAAGAUUCUCGAACAGCCACCUGCCAAGAUCCAUGUGGCCUGGUCGGAUCACGAUUACUGCAAGCUGCACCGCACUCCUCCCCCCUCGCCCGUCAAGCAGAAAUCCACUCCGAAGUCCGCUAACAAAAGGCCUGGCGGUGGGAAUGCCUCCAGCGAUAGCGACUCUUCGAGCUGCUCCAGCUCUUCGGACUCGGAUUCUUCGAGUUGCUCCUGCGGCACUAAUUGCAGCUGCAGUUCCAGCAACAGCAGCAGCUCCAGCGACGACUCUGACGAUUCUGAUAGCUCUAAUAAUGCUGCAGGCUCACCGCAGAAGCGUGCUCGCAAAAAGUCGCUGAAGCACAAGAAAAGCGGAGAGUCGCUUACGCGGGCUGAGCAAUCUGAGCGAGGUCACGAGGACUUGGAUAUCAAUGUGACGGCCUUGAAUGAGGAUAAUCCAGCCCCUGCUCCGCCAUCACCGCAGCCGCCGAUGUAUAAUGAGUCCGACUUCGAUACUGCUUUCUCGGAAACGGAUGAAGAGUUCUACGACCCGCAUCCCCAGAAGCUGGCCAACGAGCUGCUGACGCAGAAGCGCGAGGCUCUCCUUGCGGAGCAUGCGCCCCUGGUGCCGAGCAACAAUUACGAUAUCGUGGAGAACAGUCGCCCUUCGACCCCAUCACUUCCGGAGGAGGCGCUCGCGUUUGCCGAUAAGCGGGAACGGGUGAGAAAUAAGAAAAAGAAGAGAGAACGAAAGUCUACAUGCAAGUCGGGCAAGAUGCCGCCGAUGGUCGUCAGUACGCCGCUGCCCAUGGACGCGAUGCCUGGAGUUUCUGCAAUGUCUGGGAUGUCGUCGAUGACCGGAAUGGUGGCGCCUUUGGAACCACCCACUCCUUUGCCGGCGCACCACGAGGCGCCUCUGUUUCCCGUUACUCCCCUAACCCAUCGCCAUCUACAGCCCUCGGUCACGCCGAGAAGUGAGGGCAGCAGUUGCUCGGAUGCCGAUGGCCAACUGAAGCGCUCCAAGCGCCAGCGAAGACCCAACAAGUUCUACGGCUACACGAGCGACGAUGAGAACAUGAGCACCAUAUUGGCGCCGCCGUUACAGGUUGGGAUGCAGCUGAUUAAGCCCCAGCCCCCGCCACAGUUGACCUGGGCCAAGGAGGAUCUACCCACGCCGCCCAAACAACGCAGCAGGAAUAACAACAACAGUAGCCAUCAUCACUCUCACUCCCAUAGCAAUGGCGGAACCCCGCUGGCAGGAUCCUCCCGGAAGAGGAGUAAGCAGCGCUCACUGCUGGGCGCUGGCGGAUCUCGAUCCGCGAAACGCCACAAGCCGGAUCGAGAGGAUAACUUACCACCCAUUCCAACCCUCAAGAUCCGCCCUAGUUUGCUGCCCACUGCUCCGCCCACGGACAGCAGUGAGAGCAGCUCUGAGGAUGAGGACGUUGAGGUCAAUGUGACCAGUUUGAUACCAAACCCGCAACUAGCACCGCCAUCCGCUGGCUUGCUGGCGCCACCAGUUGUGGCGUUGCCGGUGCAACCACCACCUCCACCGCCACCAGCGGCCACGGCCUUUAAUCAACCCAUUCCGCCUGCCCUGCUGCCCAAUCCUGGAUUCGCCACGCUGCAGUACUUCAAGGCCAACAACAUCCGGUAUCCCAUUCGACCACCAGCCGGAGCACGUCUCGCCCGCGAAGGUGAAUCGGUGUACUGCUACUGUCGCUGCCCCUACGACGAGGUGUCUGAGAUGAUUGCCUGCGACGGAGACAACUGUCUGAUCGAGUGGUUCCACUUUGAGUGUGUGGGCAUAAUGGUGGCGCCACAGGGCAAAUGGUUCUGUGCCGAAUGCCGGCCGAAGUACUCCGAGGGCUCCUACCAGGGCGCGAACCCUCAGUGACGCUGAGGCGGGCUGGCUCUAACGACAUCCUUGCUUCCUCCUUGCAACAGCCACAAAUAAUAAUAUACUAUAACUACAACAAAACCCACUACAGAAUGGAUUACGCUUAUUAAUUGAUAAAACAACAUGUAGUCGCUUCUUCCCGGUAAUCAGCUGGGAACGAGAUAUAUCUAAAACUACUAACAAAAAAAAUAAACCCUCUUUAUAUAUUUAUAUAUUACGUAUAAGUAAAGAUCGAAGAAGAUAAUUGUGUAAACCCAGGCUCAAAGAUGCUCUCCGCGGAGGGAGCGUAAGCUAAGCUAAUGCUAAUUCAAAUAUCUGCAACAAGCUUAUAUAUAAAUAUAUAUAUAUAUCUACUUCGAUAAGUACUAAAUUUGUAUAUAAAUAUAGAGAUGUGUAAAAUAGCUAGAGUACGCAAGAGAUCCCAUAAAAAAAACCUAGGCAAUAAGGGCCUUCACUUAUACAUAGCAGUCCCCAAACUUAGUUCUUAACUAAAUCUACAUAUAAAAUUAUACAUGACUAUGAUUAGAUACAAAACCACAAUCGAAAAUUAAAUGCAAAUCUCUGAAUGCAAUCGAUUAUGAGAGAAAUAAACAACACGCAUCAAUGUGAGAGACAUAUACAAAA